AUGUUGUCCAAUCUCAAAAAACUUCCUUGCUACGCCAUAGGAUCAGCGCUGGUCAUCUCAUUCACUCUCUUCUUCUAUCUCUAUGCUCCAGUCCCGCAAACAACACUCCCGCCCAAAGUCGAGCUCUCUCAUCCAGAAACCACCGCUGUUGGAAUAAGCACGGCCAGCGCAAUCAUCACAACCAGCACUGUGACCUCACACCAAUCCUUGCCCACCAACAAAGAAGCUUUGCCCAGUGACCAUGUUUAUCAGAUCCCAGACAAAGUAUGGCAUUCAGCCAAAUUUGACAAUCUCACCGACAAUCAACGCGGAUGGAUUGGAAGCUGGACCAAAACCAACCCCUAUUGCCGCCAAGAAUUGCUGACGGACCGAUCGGCAGAGGCGUUUGUGCGAAGUCACUUCCACAAGACGCGUCCUGAUAUUGUCGAAAUCUAUGAGGCGCUCCCUAUUGCAAUUCUGCGGGCAGAUCUUCUGCGAUACUUGAUUGUCCUAGCAGAAGGUGGGAUUUGGGGUGACCUAGAUGUCACUUGUGAAAAGGAUGUCGCAGAGUGGGUCCCGCUUGAGUACCGGAACAACACGAUCGACAUGAUCGUCGGGUUGGAGUUCGACAUCGCAUGGCGAGGACCUGGAACAGGCAUUGCAUCUCAAUUUUGCAACUGGGUGUUUGUGGGUCGGAAAUCUUCGCGGAACCUACAGGUCGUCGUUGAUGCUGUGGUUGCCAAAUUGAAGGAAAUCGCCCUCACAAACAACGUCGCCAUUUCAGGGCUCACUCUGGAAAUGCUAUCCGAUGUGGUAGAUGUGACCGGACCAAAGAUGAUGACCAUUGCCAUUCUGGACAGUUUGACCAAGCUGCUUGGUAGACCCGUGGAUGACCGGGAUUUCGCAGGCACCAAGCGGCCUAAGCUUGUCGGCGAUGUGCUAAUCAUGCCCGGAAAUGCUUUCGCUGCGAACCAAAAUAACCACCCAACGGACCAGGGAGACAUCCUUGCGACACACCAUUAUGAAGGCUCAUGGAAGAAGGAGGAUGCAGAGGCAAAGGAGAGAAAGAAACUGAAGCAACAUCCACCGCCAGCUACGGAAUAA